CAACCAAAUUCUUCCCUGUUUCCUUACAUUUUUAAUCCCAAAUAUCCACUUUCCAUCCCCCGAUUUGUUCAAAACUAACAAUUUCAAGCAACCCCUUUUGAUUUUUCUCUCAUGAUCGUCUUUCUUCUCUGAUGGGUGUUAAUUUCUCCGCGUUUUUUCGCCUCCAUAAUGGGUCUCACCCGCCGUCACCGCCGCCGCCGCCGUACCCCUGUCUCGGGAACUUGUCGGAGAGCUUUGUUGCGGCUGUUAUGGAGUAUUUGAGUCCGGUGGAGAUUUGUAAACUGGCAAGGCUGAAUCAGGCCUUUCGUGCGGCUUCCUGGGCCGAUUGCGUUUGGGAAUCUAAAUUGCCCCUUAAUUAUAGGUUUCUUGUUCGACGAGUUAUUGGGGAUUUUGCUCCGAUUAUGAGUAAAAGAGAGAUUUACACGAGGCUUUCUCAGCAGAAUCCAUUAGAUGGUGGAAAUAAGAAAUUUUGGCUGGAUAAAUACUCCGGCGGUGUUUGUUUAUCGAUUUCUUCAAUGGAUUUGAGGAUAACUGGGAUUGAUGAUCGGAGAUAUUGGAAUCGUAUCUCGACUAAAGAAUCCAGAUUCAAUACUAUUGCAUAUCUUCAGCAAACAUGGUGGCUUGAAGUUGGUGGAGAGGUAGAGUUUCCAUUGCCACCAGGAACUUACAGCCUAUACUUCAGGUUGCAAUUGGGUCAGACAUCGUGGAGGUUUGGUCGUAAAAUCCAUAACCUCGAGCACGUUCAUGGCUGGAACAUAAAGCCCACACAAUUCCAGCUUUGGACUUCAGAUGGCCAGCACGCCAAAACUGAAUGCUAUUUAAACGAAGCUGGUAAAUGGACUCUGCAUCAUGCAGGUAACUUUCAUGUCGAUGCUCGAAACAAGUCGACAAGGAUCAAAUUCUCUAUGACUCAGAUCGACUGCACACACACAAAAGGUGGUCUCUGUUUAGAUUCAGUGCUGAUUUGCCCAGUCGGGUAUAAUCAGAGAUCGAAGGGUCGUUGACUCGUUCGGUCUGGAUUUUGUCAUCGGUAGAAGACGUGUAAAAAUAUGGUAUUUUUGGUGUUGAGCUUCCUUCCCAAAUGACUGGCUUUAAUUUUCUAAGCCUUGAGUUGUUUGUGUUGAAAAAAAUGAGGCAAUGUUCAUGAUUUUGAUUUGUUUCA